AUGGCAACAUUUUCACAAUCUGGUUUUUGGAGAGGUGGGAACACUCUUAAAGUCUCUAUGGAAUUAUUUUCAAAAAAUCGUCAACGUUUAUGUGAAUCAUUAAGUUCUCAUCCGACAUUGCCGUCGCGCGCAUUAAUUAUACUGCAGGGGGGUAUGGCUGAAACACGAAAUUGUACGGAUCAUGAACCAAUUUUUCGCCAAGAGUCCUUCUUUCAUUGGUGUUUUGGUGUUAUUGAACCAGAUUUUUUGGGUGCAAUUGAUGUUGCAACGGGGAAAUCUAUUUUGUUUAUACCUCGUUUACCCGAAUCUUAUGUGUCAUGGAUGGGCAGAAUAAAAGAGCCAAAUGAAUUUAAAACAAUUUAUGAUGUUGAUUUUGUUUAUUAUACAGAUGAAAUAGAAAAUGUACUUUCACAUUUUCAACCAACAUCAGUCAAUGAUCAACAAGCACAAUCCAAAUCAAUUACUCACCAAUUACCGUUAUUACUUGUGUUGCAUGGCUUAAAUACAGAUAGUGGUAAUCAUUGUAAACAAGCACAUUUUAAUGGUAUUGAAAAAUUUCACGUCGAUACAACAACAUUACAUCCAGUGAUAAGUGAAUGUCGUGUGAUAAAAACAGAUUUAGAACUGGAAGUCUUGGCUUACACGAAUAAAAUUAGUUCAGAAGCACAUAAAUUUGUUAUGCUACAUAUUAAACCAGGUAUGUACGAAUAUGAAUUAGAAGCAUUGUUCCAAUAUUAUUGUUAUCGUUAUGGUGGUAUGCGACAUUUAUCAUAUACUUGUAUUUGCGCUUCGGGAGAAAAUAGUGCUGUUUUGCACUAUGGUCACGCUGGUGCGCCGAACGACCGGCAAUUAAAAGAUACAGAUUUAUGUUUAUUUGAUAUGGGUGGUGAAUAUUAUUGUUAUGCAUCAGAUAUAACCUGUUCAUUUCCUGUGAGCGGUCAUUUUACGCGUGAACAGCGUAUCGUUUACGAAGCUGUGUUAGAUGCUAAUCGUCAUGUAAUGGAAUCUGUUCGACCAGGUGUUUCAUGGGUUGAUAUGCAUUUGUUAGCCGAAAGAGUGCAAUUACAACAUUUGUUAAAAGCUGGUCUGUUAGAAGGAAAUAUCAAUGAUAUGAUGAAAGUUCGAUUAUGUGCAAUUUUUAUGCCACAUGGACUGGGUCACAUGAUUGGUAUUGAUACACAUGAUGUCGCUGGUUACUUGGAUCCAACAACACGAAUACAAUUACCAGGAUUGAAAUCUUUAAGAACAAACCGAAAUUUGAAAGAAGGAAUGUGUUUGACAAUUGAACCUGGAAUUUAUUUUAAUGAAUUAUUAUUGAAUAAAGCAUAUUCCGAUCCUGAACAAGCAAAAUUCUUAAUUAAAUCUGAACUCGAUAAAUAUUUAGGCAUGGGCGGGGUAAGAAUAGAAGACAAUAUUGUAGUUACAAAAGAUGGAUGUCGUCUGUUAACACAAGUACCACGAACAUGUGAAGAAAUUGAACAAUGGAUGAAAAAUAAACAUGAAAAGUUGAAUGUCGACGAUUAUAAGAAAUUUUGCGAAUUGAAUGGAAAAUAUCGUUAUGAUAAUCAACAACUGAAAGUCAAUAAAAUAAAGGAUAAUGUAUCGUGUAAUGGUGAUAAAUAA